AUGCCAGAUGCCAGAUGCCAGAUGCAAGAGGAGCACAGAUAUGGUCACGUUUGUGGCGUCGACCGCGUGACGACAUCAGCUUUGUCCGUGGUUGACGUUUGGUCCCCAGUCCAGUCCAGUCCAGUCCAGUCCAGUCCAGUCCAGUCCAACAGAGUCCAACAGUCCAGUCCCAGCCUAGUCGGUGUGCUUGGUGUUGUUGUGCGCAUUCUUGUUGCGCUUGCUUGGCUGAUGAAGGCUACAAGGGGUCAACUGCCUGCUGUGCUGGGCAGCAAGGUGGAAGAUGUGGAAGAUUGGGCGUGA